AUGCCACGGAAACCAUCACCCAUUGCGAUGUACAUUGUGUCCUUGGCCAUCUCCUUGGGUCCAGCUUCAGCUUUACCGUAUGAUUCAACCAACCCAUCCGACCGGACAUUAGCAUGGGCCCCAUGCGAUCUUGACUUUCCGAAGAUCACCGUCGACAGAAUUACAGGCCCAAUCGACUAUGCAACCCUAGAAGUACCGCUUCACUACACGGUUUUGUCUUCCAUCAACAGCACUCUGGAACUACAAUUGAUCAGACACGCAGCAACCAAGGAACCAUUCAAGGGCACUGUCAUCUUCAGCCCAGGGGGACCGGGAGGCUCUGGUAUUGAACAAGUAGCUACGACAGGUCAUCUCUACCGCGAUGAGGUGUUCAACGGACAGUGCAAUGUUGUCGGGUUUGACACACGUGGCACUGGACGAACUAUUCGUUUCGCGUUCGACCCAACGAAAGGCUCGAAUGUGACAACUAGCUUCACCUCCAACGCGCACCCGAUCAGGAACAACGACGCCACCUUUGCUUCCGCCGCCAAGUGGAAGGUUCUCAAGAAAAAAGCCCGAGACGACAGAAAGUGCUUCACCAGCUCAUGCAAGAAUACCGAAGGUAACGUCGAUGUUGGUCGCUUCCUGGACACGCCAUUCGUCGUCCGCGACAUGGUCCGCCUCAUCGACGCGCUGGCCGAGGACGACAAGCACCGCUUCUGGGGACGCUCGUACAGCAUUGUUCUCGGCCAAACCUUUGCCGCCAUAUUCCCCGACCGUGUCGACCGCAUGCUGCUCGAUAGCAAUGCCUUCGAGAACUGGCUCCUGAACUGCAUCUCCACAGGCCCCUCCCUCUCUCCCGGCAUCGCGGAUUUUAUCAGGUCAGGCACUACCGUCCAAGACAUCAUGCCCGAGCUUGCAGCUGUUAUUCUGCAAGCUCGAAGAAGACCCUAUCGUUCUCCCUGA